CAGUUUGGAAGAUGAGACGAUCUCGAAGCGAUCAAAUGGUGGAUUUGAGAGGACGAGAAAGAAGAAUUAAAGAAUGCCCAGAUACUCGGCUGAGAUUCCUCAAGAUGAGGCAAACGGUGGGGAGUUGAUCGAUAUGCAGUUGUUAAGGAUGAACCAGCAGGGAGCGAUGGGGGAAUCCCAGAGCUGUGUGGCUUGGCCGACUGUCUAUUUCUCUUUUCAAUUUAUUCUUACCAUAUCUGCGGGUUUCGAUCUGCCGGACUGCUUGAGGGUUCGCAUGAUCAUCGCCGUUAUGUCGACGAAGAGGGCGAUCCUGUGUUUUGAAGUGGACAAUCUCCUUAAACUUCGUAGCGAUUGAGGAGGUAAGGCAGCUACAGGCUACAGAUCUCAUGCUCCUAUAUGCAUUAAUUAAUUGUACAGUUGUGUAUAUUUAACAUUAAUAUAUUUGCUUCCCAAGGUGCGUUCUUGGAUCAUAUAAAGUGCUUACUGUAUGCAAGCUAGCUUUGUGAAGGAACUUUUUGGGGUGAGAUUUCAUGCAAUCUCUUUGUAAUUGUUUUACCUUUUCCUCUUUCUUUGAUAUAAUACCAAGUGUGCAGCAUUUCGUUUGUCGAGUUAGUACUAUUACAUGGUGAUUUGAAAUGUAAAGGAUGUGUUUCGCACCUUAAGUUCAUUACAGAAGGUACAGGUGGUUUUGAUGUUUAGUCAUUGGUAUAAAUAGCAUCGUUCCUGGGUAUUUACUGACUGAGAAGACAUGGCUAUUAGCUGCAAUAAUUUGUGGUUGUCAACUAACACCCUGUUUUCUUCUCAUUUAUUGUACCUUGAUAGAUAACUACAUGGAACCAUUACAGGAGGGUCUGGAUUGGUUUGUGAUGCCACUUACAAGCUACAAGCCCCAAAGGUUUAAUUUUGCUCCUACGGCGACUUGUGACAGAUGCUUUUAAACAAUUGUGCUCGAUUUAGGAUAUGUACGCCUUUGUAGUUUAGUAGAUCUUGAAUGACUUGGAUAAGCCUACUAAUAGUGUUCCUCAUUCUCUAUCAACUCUAUGUGGGUUGAUUAAUUAUUUCGCCUACUUAAAUAAUUGUUCAUCGUUCCCUUGGUUUAAUCUAAAGUUUUGCCAAGGUUGUUAAAUAAAUCUGAAAUAGUUCA